CUGAGAGAGCCAGGGGGGGAGGUGCGCGUGGGAGGAUCGUGCUCGCUUUGUCGCGGACGCUACCACCAUGCGCUCGGAAGAGGGGGGACGUGUGUCAUCAAUACCUACGCGCCUGGGAGUAGCUACCACUCACCUUGAGGGGCUGUGGAGCGGCCUGCGUGGGGAGAGAGGGGCGUGGACACGCCGCAGCUACUUCUCAGCCCCAGGGCUUGACCUGAAAAGGCUGAGACUGUGCGCCGGACAUUGGAACCCAGUUCUGCAGUUACUCUGUGGGUAGGGUCAGAGGUCUAGAACAGUGCGAGCGGUCUAAAGCAUCCUGAGCGCCGCCCUGCCGGGAUCCAAAUUACUGGUGGGAAGAAUGAGGAGAAGGUUUACGGAUCAUAAGAGCAAGCGCGGGCAAGGAGGGAAACCCAGAAGUUACUAGGGCUUUGAGGGGAAGGUCAGAGGUCACGAGGUUGUGCCUGCAGCUGUUACCAUGGUAACCGGGAGCCGGCCGUGGCAGUAUGUGUGCGACAGCCCUCUUCUCAGACCUAGCUCGAGAGCCUGAGGACUUUAAUGUACAAUGUGCAGCCGGUCGUGGAGGUUUUUUCUUCGAGAGAAGAAAGGAAUUUUUCAAGCACUUAUAGAAGCGCAGCGAAGGAAAGGUUUGAGAUUGCCGCUUUGUCUAACAGAGACCUAGGGAGGCGGCUGACGUGAGAAAGCCACACAAAGGUACCCACACCUUUCCGGAAGCUAAAUGGGGGCACUUCAGCCUCCAGGUCCACCGCACCCCGGAAGCGGAAACAAUCCCAGCGUGCCCCUUCACCGUACUCGAAGUCCCGCUGCAGCCGUUGCAGCAACCACGAUGCCCAAACGGAAAAAGCAGAAUCAGCAGCAGCAGCUGACGCUGGACCCCCAAGUGUCAAAGCAGGAAGAGAUUGGAGACGAAGACGAUGGGAUUCCUACGGGACCACCCAGCCUUCUGGGCCCUCCCCCUAUGGCCAAUGGAAAGCCCAGUGACUCCAAGUCAGGUGUGGUUGUUGAUAACUGUGAGUUUGCUGUCCUUUCACUGUUCAACUUUUUUAUCUUCUUUUUCUUAGCUCUUCACAGAGGUCCUCCAGGAUCAAGGGGACUCAUGAUUCCACCACUGCUGACUCUCCCGCCUCCUCUCCGGGGCAGAGGCCCAGUUUGGGGCGACUUUGCCCCCAGGUGUGGCCCAUAUGGUCGUGGUUGGUGGGGGGUCAGUGCCGAGCCUACCUUUCCCAGACCAGGCCAUAGUAAUCCCUUCAGGGGAGGCUUUCACAAAGAACAGAGACAACCUCGAAGGCUCAGAAGCUGGUCACUUGUCAAGAAUACCUGCCUUCCCAAGAAUGAACCCCAGAUUAUGGAAGACAAAUCUGACCGCCCUGUUUGCCGACAUUUUGCCAAAAAGGGCCACUGUCGAUAUGAGGACCUCUGUGCCUUCUACCACCCAGGCGUCAAUGGACCUCCUCUGUGAGACUGCCUUCCCAUCCAACCUGGAAGGAGCCCUCCAUGCCCUGUCCGCCACAUAUUUCCCUGUGGCCCUGUAGUGGCUACUGUGAUGUUGUUCAACCCAGCACCUUCCAGUCAGUGACACCCACCCCUAUUCACCGCCUCUCCCAUUUGGGGUCCAGGGUUGUGUUUCAUCACUGGUACACAGUGUGUGCUCUUCUGAUCAGCCUCCAGAGACUUGCCUUCGAUAUCCCAUCUUUGUUCCUUUCAACUGCUUCCUGGAUCCUUUAUCCCUUGCCAACUGACUGCUAAGCAGGAAAUUUACUUGGUGCUGUUUCUUGUGCAAUUGUCCAUCAAGCCCCCAGUAUUGCCCUCAAUUCCUGAGCCCUGGAGCAGUUUCCUACCAUUCCCUCCCAGCUGCUUAUUAUAAGUCCUUUAUUUGUGAUACCUCCUACUCCCAAUGUUAUCCGCUGCUCUGCGAAUCUCCCCAGGUUGUCUGACCUGGGGUCAAGUUUCAAUGACUGGUACAGAGUCACUCCCUGAAAAGCCAUUGUCGGGCUUUUGGAUUUUGUAGUUUCGCCAUCAGUAGCAUGGCCCCCACCACUGUGGUCUGUGAUCACUGUCCUUUGUGAGAUCUGCAUUCUCUCGUAGCCUUUUUCAUUGUCCAUGGCAUUUCUGUGGCUUAACACACUAGAGUAUUUCUGCCAAAUGAGUGAGGUUCUUGGUGCCCUCUAGACUUUCCCCAACCCCAAAACGAGAGAACUGUGAAACUUCCCACAAGAGGGCUUCCUUGGCCUCAUGAGAUGUCCUCUAAAGCCUCUGGUGGGCCUACCCCAUCCCCUCUACAGCCCAUUUUAGUUAGACUGCAUCAUUUUGAGGCCACCAGGCUUUUUUGAAUUCUGUAAAUCUCCACCUGGCCUGUCUUUGGGUAUAACCUGGACAGUAUUGUCCUUGUCCAACCUCUACUUCCCUGGCACUGGUUGUUUUCUGUGAAAACAUCAGUGAACAGGCUGUUUUGAACUGACCAUGAGGAUAUGGGUCAGGAGUUGUUAGGGCAAGAAGGAGGGCUGUUGAACUGAAAGUGAUUUUUUUCUUUUUAAGAUAAUUUAUAGUAGUAAUAAAUGCAGUGGAAAUGAA